GUACCUGCAGCGCGCAAGCUUGCCAUUUCUUAGACUAUCAGACAAUAACUGAUCUUGAAUCCUGAAAACUGCAACGACACCUUGCGGAUCCCAGCCUUUGAGAUACGGGAUAUUACGCUCUUACAUCCCCAUCGUCGAUCCCGCACAUCCUUACUGCCAUCAGUCCCGCAACCACGCAGCAUUUCACUUAACGUCCUCCAAAUCCACAACAUGGACGGAAGCGGUGAUCCGGAGCGGCAGCAGGCCCUCGAACAGUAUAAAAACAAACUUCUAGAGUCUCGAGAAUGGGAGGCCAAGUUAAAAGCGCUUAGAAUGGACAUCAAGGGUCUGCAGAAGGAGUUCGAGACAACAGAGGAAAACAUCAAGGCGUUACAAAGUGUUGGACAAAUCAUCGGCGAAGUUCUGAAGCAGCUCGACGACGAACGAUUCAUUGUCAAGGCAUCCUCAGGUCCCAGAUAUGUCGUCGGCUGCCGUUCCAAAGUCGAUAAGGCCAAACUGAAACAAGGCACGCGAGUGGCGCUCGACAUGACCACUCUGACCAUCAUGAGAAUGCUCCCUAGAGAAGUCGAUCCGUUGGUCUACAACAUGUCUUUGGAAGAUCCUGGACAAGUCUCUUUCGCUGGGAUUGGUGGUUUGAACGAACAAAUCCGAGAACUGCGGGAGGUGAUCGAGCUACCGCUCAAGAAUCCCGAGUUGUUUAUCCGAGUGGGUAUCAAGCCUCCCAAAGGCGUCCUGCUCUACGGGCCUCCCGGGACCGGGAAGACUUUGCUCGCAAGGGCCGUGGCAAGCAGUCUGGACACAAAUUUCUUAAAAGUUGUGUCAUCCGCUAUUGUCGACAAAUAUAUCGGCGAAUCGGCAAGACUGAUCCGCGAAAUGUUUGGCUACGCGAAAGAACACGAGCCUUGCAUCAUCUUCAUGGACGAAAUCGAUGCCAUUGGUGGCAGACGGUUCAGCGAGGGAACAUCGGCCGAUCGAGAAAUUCAGAGGACGCUGAUGGAGCUUCUGAACCAGCUCGAUGGUUUCGACUACCUCGGAAAGACCAAGAUCAUAAUGGCCACCAACAGACCCGACACGCUAGACCCUGCUUUGUUGCGAGCAGGUCGACUGGACCGAAAGAUUGAGAUUCCACUACCUAAUGAGGUUGGCCGUUUAGAGAUUCUGAAGAUCCAUGCUGCUGGGGUGGUGACGGAAGGUAACAUCGACUUCGAAAGCGUGGUCAAGAUGAGUGACGGUCUCAACGGCGCUGACUUGCGAAACGUCGUCACCGAGGCCGGGUUGUUCGCGAUCAAAGAUUACAGAGAUGCUGUCAACCAGGACGACUUCAACAAAGCGGUGAGAAAAGUGGCCGAGGCGAAGAAACUCGAGGGCAAGUUGGAGUAUCAAAAACUGUAAGAUAUGACCAGGCGGCUGGGAUUUCUUGGACUGCAUAGCGAGACGGCCCUCGGGCCUAAAGCAAGACUUGCAGCGGUUAGUAAUAGAUGGCUGCGACAUCCUAAUGUGGUUCCAUAUUAUGCCUGCGUGAAUCCCAUGGCAACCCGCCACCACCUCUGAAGGCCUCUUGCCUCCAUAUCUGUGGCCAUUUCCUUGACCGUCGCGACUUCUUCCAAGCAUCCCGCUCUUUCAUCGUCCUGUUGAGGACCAUCCCGCUGAAGCUCGGACGAAAUGGCAUGGACAGG